UCAUUUGCAUAUACAAGUACUAGCACAGAUACCAUGUUUGAAAGCUUCUCUUAGCCAACAGAUAACGAUCCUUAAAUGAUACUACAUAAUUCGACUGCAAAUUGUAGAGCGACUACAAACAAAGCGAAUUCUCAGACAUGAUGUCAAUACUAUGUGUCAGUGUAGUACUCUGUGGAGUUGCCGCUGACACUAUCGCUGGACCGAGAUGUGAAGCUUUAGAAGAGCGCGUGCAGGCUAUAAUAAAAAAAGAAACUGAGGUUGUGCGAAAGGAAUUGGAAACACAAUGGAAUGCUUUCAUACAUGAAGCAAGCGAGGUCACAAGAAACGAAAUUGAAGUUUUACGAAAGGAAUUGGAAAUGCUCAGACAGGAGAAUAUGUUAUUGCACAGGAUGUACAAUGCACAAACAACAGAAAAAGAACUACAUGUCAAAAGACAACAUACCCAGUCGGUGGCCUUCCAUGCUUAUCAGAGUGGCGAGAAGUGCAUCCAUGACAUGCAGGCGUUUGUGUACGAACAUGUCCUGUUAAAUAACGGAAACGGAUACAAAGCUUUUGACGGCAUAUUCGAACCACCUGUCGGCGGAGUGUACGUUUUCACAUGGACGGUUGUAAAGAAUCAUGACUGGUAUGCCACUGAGCUGGUAGUGGACGGAGUAUCGCGAGGAGUUACCAUAGCUGACAACAAUGAUGACGCUAUAGCAGUUAGUACAGCAAUUGCGGUCCUGUAUGUACGCGCCGGUGCGCAUAUCUUUGUACGCCGCUCAAAUGGAGCAGGUUGUCAAGUGCUGAAUCGAGAUGAUCUUGCCAGAAAUUCAUUCUCAGGCUGGCUGUUGUAUCCUUGAGAAAUAUGUCAAGCUCCCAUAUUGUCCAAUAAAACGAUAAAUGAU